CAAGAUUUGGCUUAAUCUUCGUCUUGGUCAUCGUCAACAUUGUGGUAGUGUCAAGUUGCCCCACAAUUAUUGAAGGAAAGUGGAUGGUAAUUGGAAACAGCUGGAAAAGAUUGGCCUACAACUAUUGAAGGAAAGUGGAUGCAUAUUGCAGGCUUCCUUUUGCUUUUACUCGAAAAACUGAUCAUAUAUUCAGGACACAGCCGACUCCUUUUAACUCACAAGACACAGCCUCCUUUUUCAGUCAAGUUUACAGCAAGCAUUUCCGUAUCCAUGGCUGCUCAAAUCCGUUGGAAUUAUGACGUCUUCUUAAGUUUCAGAGGUGAAGACACUCGCAAAACUUUCACCGAUCACCUCUACACCGCCUUGAGGAAUGCCGGAAUUUGCACAUUCCGAGAUGAUGAUGAUCUUCCUAGAGGGGAGUACAUCUCUACCAAACUGCGCAAAGCUAUUCAAGAAUCAAAGGUUUCUAUUGUGGUUUUUUCAAAAGGAUAUGCUUCUUCCAGUUGGUGUCUUGAUGAGCUUGUGGAGAUCGUACGUUGUAAGAAUUCUAUAAGCCAAACUCUUCUUCCCAUAUUUUAUGAUGUGAACCCAUCCGAUGUGCGAAAACAAACCGGAACUUUUGCCGAAGCAUUUGCUGGGCAUGCAGACCGGUUUCAAGCGGAGAUGGAGAGGGUGCACAAGUGGAGAACAGCUCUUACCGAAGCUGCAAACAUUUCUGGCUGGGAUCUCCAAGACGUUGCAAACGGGUACGAAUCAAGGUUUAUCGAGAAAAUUGUUGAAGAAGUUUUGAGUAAAGUGAAGAAUGCUUGCUUGGAUAUUGCCAAACAUCCAAUAAGUAUGGAUUAUCGUACUGAAGAGAUGAAAGGUUUAUUAAAUCUUGGAACGAAUGAUGUUCACAUUGUAGGCAUAUAUGGCAUGGGUGGAAUCGGCAAAACAACCUUAGCUAAAGCUGUUUAUAACCAAAUAUAUAAAGAGUUUGAAGGAAGCAGUUUUCUUUUUAAUAUUAAAGAAAUUUCAGAACAACCCAAUGGUUUAGUUCAGUUACAAGAACAACUUCUUUUUGAAGUCUUAAAAACCAAGAACUUGAAGAUUGCCAAUGAUGCUAGAGGAAUCAAUUUGAUUAAGGAAAAAUUGCAUUGUAAAAGAGUUCUUCUUAUCCUUGAUGAUGUUGAUCACUUGAAACAACUCAAUUCAUUAGCUGCAAGCUCUGGAUGGUUUGGUCCAGGAAGUAGAGUGAUUGUAACAACUCGAGAUGAACAUUUGUUAACUAUACUAGGAGUACAUGAAAAAUAUAAGGUCGAGGAAUUGCAUCAUGAGGAAUCUCUUCAACUUUUUAGUUGGCAUGCCUUUGGGAUGGCUCAUCCACUACAAGAUUACAAGGAGCUCUCAAUUAGUGUAGUUAAUUAUGCGGGAGGGCUUCCAUUAGCUCUGGAAAUUUUGGGUUCCAAUCUAUUUGGAAGAAGCACUAUUGAAUGGAAAGAUUCAUUGGAAAAAUUACAAAAAUAUCCUAACAACCAGAUUCAAAAAAUACUGGAAAUGAGCUUUGAUUCACUAGAUGAUGAUAAUGUGAAGAACACAUUCCUUGAUAUUGCGUGUUUCUUUGUUGGUAUGGACAAAGAUUAUGCCAUCAAAAUAUUUGACGGUUGUGGUUUCUUUCCCAAAAGUGGUAUUAAUAUUCUUAUUGAGAGGUCUCUUGUCACAAUCAAUGACCAAAAUGAGUUGAGGAUGCAUGAUCUAAUUCGAGAUAUGGGAAGGGAGAUUGUUCGUGAAAGAUCAUCCAACGAUCUAAGAAAACGUAGUAGAUUGUGGUUUCAUGAGGAUGUCUUGCACGUGCUUAACAAACAAAUGGGAUCAGAAGCAGUAGAGGGUCUCAUUCUAAAUCUAUCUAUACUUGAAGAUGUACAUUUUGAAACUGAAGCAUUUGCAAAGAUGAAAAAUUUGAGAUUGCUACAAAUCAAUGGUGCAAAUCUCACAAGAUGCGAUAGACAUCUUUUUGAAGGGUUAAGAUGGCUUUGUUGGCAUCGGUGUCCUUUGAAAUUUUUACCAUCAAAUUUUCAUUUAGAGAACCUUGUUAUCCUUGACAUGCAGGAUAGUAAUGUCAAACAAGUCUGGAAGGAGAUCAAAAUACUUAACAGGUUGAAAGUCCUUAAUCUCAAAAAUUCCAAAUGUCUUACCAAGACACCAAACUUCUCCCAAGUCCCAAUUUUGGAGAUACUGAUACUUGAAGGCUGCACAAGUUUGAUUGAGCUUCAUGAGUCCAUUGGAAAUCUAGAAAGACUUGUUUUGCUAAAUUUAGAAGGAUGCCAGAACUUAAGGAAUCUUCCGGAAAGUACUACUAACUUAAAAUCUCUUCAAAUUCUUAACUUGGCUGGCUGCUUAAAACUUGAUAAGCUACCUGAGCAAUUAGAAAAUAUGAUGGCUUUAAAGGAAUUCAUUGCCGACAGAACUAGUAUUAUGCAACUCCCGGCUUCCUUUGGUCUUUUAAAGAAUCUCGAAAUUGUGUCAUUAUUGGGAUGUAAUGGACAAACUUCAAAAUAUUGGUUAUGGCGUUUCUUACUGCGGAUAUCACCAGAAAGCUCCAAUCCCACACAUUUGCUCCCAGCUUCCAUUUCUGGACUAUGUUCUUUGAGAAGGCUAAAUCUCUACGAUUGUAAUCUGUCUGAAGAUGGGUUUCCAAUUGAUCAUGGGUGUUUGUCUUCACUCGAGAACUUGGAUAUAGGAAAAAAUAAUUUCCUUAAUCUACCUCAUGGCAUCGGCCGCCUUCCUAAAUUAACUAAAUUGUCGUUGAAGCAGUGCACGAGUCUUCAAUCAAUUUCAGAACUCCCCGCAAGUUUAAUGUAUUUGGAUACAAGUGACUGCACAUCAUUAGAAACACUCCCAAAUCUGUCGCACCUGCAAAGUUCAGAAGUUCUUUGCUUUGAGAAGUGUCCGAAAUUGGUUGAGUUUCCGGGCAUAGAGUGUUUGGAAUAUACAGCAGAUAUUUACCGAGACUCUGGCCACAGUCUAGCUAUCAUCGAAGAAUUAACUGUUCGUUAUUUCUGAUCUUCAAGCAUGAAAUUUAUCGACUGAAUUGGAGGGACUAUAUCCAUUCAGUUGCCAUGCCCCUCCCCCCACUGGCAUGGUAACUGAGGAGGGAGGUGAUACGUACCAAAAUAGUUUUGGAAGAAAAGAAAUUACCAUGCCUCCCCCCCACUCUUAUAGUAACUGUCAGAUUAUGUGACUUGAAUUUAUUCAUCAACCUUACCGUGGGCCCCAAAGCAUUAUGGCAUCCCAUACCUUUUGACUUGUGUUUCUCUCACACACGUCCAUUUUACUUCUCCAUUCAUUGAGCUUCUUCUAGAAGCUUUGUGAAAGGGCUUCUUGUUUUAUUAUUGAAGCCAUUCGGUCAUCAAGAGGGGAGAGGCAUCAACUUUUGCAAGGAAAAAGAGAGAAAGAAGAAAAGCAAAGCUGUCGAGAGAGAGAGGCUUGUGCUGUAGAGAAAAAGAGAUACUCCAUUUUUCUUCAUUUUGAGUGCUGAAAAGCUUAGAGAAUUUUAGAGAAUAUUUUUCUCUUUUGUAUCUAAUUCUCUUUUGAGUGAGAUUGGGGUGUAUUGGGGCUUUUGGGUUUGAGUGGUUUUGUUUGUACUACUCUUUGUACUCCACUCUUUGUUAGUGAAUUUCUUCUGGAUCGUCUCCGUGAGUGGAUGUAGGCUUGUUAAGCCGAACCACUUAAAUCUUUGUGUCUUGUGUGGUUGUGUUAUUUUUCUAUUCUACACUUUUCAACUUCUUUGGUGAUCUUGGAAUUUGCAUUUGUCACAACAAACAGGUAUCAGAGCUCGGGUAUUUAUUUUGCGGGAUGGCUACGGCAAAAUUUGAAGUAGAGAAGUUUGAUGGUCAGAAUAGUUUUAGCCUUUGGCGCAUCAAGAUGCGAGCUUUAUUACGACAACAAGGCUUGGCAAAGAUUUUGGAUGGCGAGGUGCCAUCAACAUCAUCAACGGAGGAAACAAAGGAACUUGAAGAAAAAGCCCACAGUGCAAUUAUGUUGUCUCUUUCAGAUGGAGUUUUAAGAGAAGUUGCCGAUGAAGAAACAGCCGCUGGACUUUGGAAGAAGCUGGAGAGCUUGUACAUGACGAAAUCCCCCACUAAUCGAUUGUAUUUGAAGCAACGGUUAUAUAUCCUCAAGAUGAAAGAAGGUAUGCCUCUUUGUGAUCAUCUUGAUGACUUUAAUAGAAUUAUUUUGGAUCUGAAAAAUAUUGAUAUUAAAGUAGAUGAUGAUGAUCAAGCCC